GCGAGGUCCGGGAACGCGCUAAUAAAAUGUAGUUCAGAGAAAAUAUCAAAUCGCAGAGAGAGAGAGAGAGAGAGUUAAAGCGAAAUGUCUCCGUGUUUCGUCGCAGUUUCUGCGGUUCUCCUGACGCUCGUGAUCGUGUGGAUCUGCGGACACGCGCGGAGAAGACGCCCCGGGGAGCCUCCGCUCGUCUCUGGCUGGAUCCCGAUCAUCGGAGUCACUCUGGAUUACGCCGCAAACCCUUUAGGCUUCUUAAGAGAGACGCAGAAGAAAUAUGGGGAUGUUUUCACAUGUGCCAUUGCUGGGAAAUACUUCACGUUUGUCACAGACCCCUUUUCUUUUUCCACUGUGGUCCGGCAAAGCAGAAAUCUGGACUUUAAGAAGUUUUCUCUUGGAUUUUCUCGCCGGGUCUUUGGUCAUGCUGACUUCAACGAUCCGCAGUUUAGUGAGAGUUACAGGGAAGUUCACGGCCUGUUUCGACAGACGCUUCAAGGCCCUUCUCUACAGGAGCUCAACGAGUCCAUGAUGUUCAAUCUACAGACGGUUCUGGACCAAGAGAACAAGUCCAUGUUGUGUAAUACACAGAGGGUUCUGGACAGAGAGAACGAGUCCACGUUGUGUAAUCCACAGACGGUUCUGGACAGAGAGAACGAGUCCAUGUUGUGUAAUACACAGACAGUUCUGGACCGAGAGAACGAGUCCAUGUUGUGUAGUCCACAAACGGUUCUGGGCCGAGAGAACGGAUCUGAACACCAGUGGCUGGAAGAAGGUCUUCAGAGCUUCACGAACCGCAUCAUGUUCGAGGCCGGGUUCCUCACGCUCUUCGGGACAGACCCGGGGUUUCUCCAGGCCAGCAGAACACGCAUGCGGGAGUUUCUGGCGUUCGAUCACGCGUUCCCGUUCCUGGCGGCUGGCGUUCCCAUCGGAUUGAUCCCGCGAGUGUGGAGAGCGAGAGAAGCUUUAGCCGAGGAUCUCAUGCAUGAGGAACUUCACCAACGGAAAUGCAUCUCGGAUCUGAUUCAGCGCAGAAUGGAGGCUUUUGAUCGCAUGCAUUUGGAUGAAACUGGAAAAGCACGGACACAUAUGUGUAUGUUAUGGGCGUCACAGGCUAAUACUCUUCCUGCGGCCUUCUGGAGUCUGUAUUACACACUCAGAUCUGCGGACGCUCUCACCGCUGCUCGCACAGAGAUCAACAGUGUUCUGUCCGGCCAGGUAUUAAGCAACCAGGACCAAAGAAUCGAGCUUUCUCGAGAACAGCUGGACUCGAUGACUGUAUUGGAGAGUAUAAUCGAGGAAGCUCUUCGCCUGUCCAGCGCCUCCAUGAUGAUCCGCGUCGCUAAUGAAGACUUUACUCUGACGCUGGACUCGGGUCAGACAGCUGAUAUCCGGAGAGGAGAUCACGUUGCUCUUUACCCACAGCUCAUACACAUGGAUCCCGAGAUCUACGCCGAUCCCACAGAGUUCAGAUUCGGCCGCUUCCUAGAUGAGAACGGUCAACGCAAGACUCAUUUCUUCAGGAACGGGCGCCGACUGAAGCACUUCUUGAUGCCGUUCGGCUCCGGUGCCAGCGAGUGUCCGGGGCGCUUCUUCGCGCUGCACGAGAUCAAGCAGUUCCUGGCCGUGACUCUGUGGCGUUACGAUCUCCAUCUGUGUGACGCUGGUGCCCCGCUGGAUCCUGACGCCCGGCGCGCGGGUCUCGGUGUUCUGCCGCCCUCGCGGGACGUCCCGCUCCGAUACAGGAGGAGAACACACACCUGACAG